UUUUUAUUUCCUUCGUGACGGUACCGGCAGGUGUCUUCAUGCUGUGGCUCUCGGACCGAACCUCUUUGUCACCGGCCUGGAGGGGGGCCGGCUACAAACCGAAUGUAGGCCGCAAGCAGUGAAGUCCCAGGAAGGGAAGGGGUGUGAGGCCUCGCGUGGAGUGUUGGUGUGGGGGACCUGAAGGAGAGGGAUUUCUAGUUUGACAGGAGUUAACGCUGAGCAUCGGUGUCGCGCUCUGCACCUCGCGUUAGAAUCCAGCAGAGGCUAGGCUGGCAGAGGGCCCGAUGGCCGAAGACAACCGAGAGCCCCCGGCAGGAGCCGGCACCCUCCGAGAGGCCCUCCGGGCGCUCCUGCCCCACAGGAAGGAGGAGCUGGUGCCAGAGCUCGGGGAGAAGGUAGAGCGCAGCGUGGUGCAGCUCCUGUGGGAGGCCGCUGAGCUGUUCUGCGGGGGCCACCGGAGCGAGUGUCUGCAGGCCAGUGAGGCCAUCCUGGACUACUCCUGGGAGAAACUCAACACGGGCCCGUGGCAGGACGUCCACAAGGACUGGCGCCGCGUCUACGCCUUCGGCUGCCUCCUGAAGGCAGUGUGUCUGUUCGAGGAGCCUGGGGAUUCCGCCGCAGUGGCCGCGGCCCUGAAGGCCUGUGACAUGGGCCUGCUGAUGGGGGCGGCCAUCCAUGGGGACAUCCUCAUUAAAGUCGCCGCUGUCCUCCAGGCUCACCUCCCCUCAGCAAAGAGGCCCGGCCCAGGCCUGGCUGAGGAGCAGCCCAGCAUGAAGAAAGCGAGGGACGACUGUGUUUCGGUUCCGGAUGUGGCAUCGGAGAGACUGGUCCCCCGGCUUCGCUGUCCGUCCCUCCAGCAUUUCAGGAAGCAGUUUCUGGUUCCCGGGAGGCCUGUGAUCCUGGAAGGCGUGGCGGACCAGUGGCCGUGCAUGACGAAGUGGAGUUUGGAGUAUAUCCAAGACAUUGCCGGCUGCCGAACUGUCCCGGUGGAAGUCGGUUCCAGGUACACGGACGAGGACUGGUCGCAGACGCUCAUGACGGUCAAUGAGUUCAUCAGCAGAUACGUCAGGAGUGAGUCAAAGGACGUCGGGUACCUUGCGCAGCACCAGCUCUUUGACCAGAUCCCGGAGCUGAAGCGGGACAUCAGCAUCCCGGACUACUGCUGCCUGGGCGACGGGGAGGAGGAAGAGAUCACCAUUAAUGCCUGGUUUGGUCCCCAAGGAACCGUGUCCCCCCUUCAUCAGGACCCUCAGCAGAACUUUCUGGUCCAGGUGAUCGGCAGGAAGUACAUCCGGCUGUAUUCCCCGCAGGAGUCAGAGGCUUUAUAUCCGCACGAGACGCACCUUCUUCAUAACACGAGCCAGGUUGACGUGGAGAACCCCGAGCGGGAGAAGUUCCCCAGGUUUGCUGAGGCCCCGUUCCUGUCCUGCGUCCUGUCUCCCGGGGAGGUCCUCUUUAUUCCGGCCCGGUACUGGCACUACGUGCGGGCUCUGGACUUGAGCUUCUCCGUCAGCUUCUGGUGGUCAUAGCCAGGGUGCGAGGGUCCGAGACGCCUCCCCGGCUCCACACCCGGCCUGUGCCGGAGCCUUUGCUGGAGACCGGGCUGGGCGCUGGCGGACACAGGACGAGGGCGCGGCAAGGCGCACGCUCCAGGCCAGGUGCGUGCAGCAGAGGCAGGUGGGCCGGACCCCAGGAGGACGCCCCGGGCCAACACCUGCCUGGAGACCCUGGGCAUCGUGAGGCCUGAGGUGCUGGGGACAGGGGCUGGCAGUGUGCACGGCGGUAGGGGGUGGGCUCUGAGGUCGGCUGCCCGGAUUCAGACCUGGCCCCUUGGCUUACUUGCUGUGGCAGAGGCGGGACAGAUACCUCACUGUGUGUGUGUCUCCAUGGGGAAAACAGGGCAGCUCGAGCACCCACAGUGAGAGUUCGAGAGGCAGCACGCGGACAGCGCCCCGGCAAAUCCACGGGCGUUAGCUACCAUCUGAUCUUAAUAAUUACUGUGAUUGCCACCGACUUGUUUGUCAUGACUGGCCUGACAGGACAGCCCCAACCCGCAGACUCUGGAGGUGGCGCUGGCCGCGGGCGACAGUCCCUCUCGGCUUGCUCAGCCCAGCCCUGCCGGCAGCGGGAAGUCUGGGGAGGUUUCUGUUGUCAUUAUGCACACACAGCGCAGCCAGGGCCAUCUCCUAGCCUGCAUAUUCAACCGUGCCCCCUCCCAGCAGCCAGUCCCCACACCGUGAAACCACCCUCAGCGGUGCCCAGAAGCCCCCUCCUGCCCCGGUCUCGUUCAUUCCCCACUUGCAGAGAGAGCCUUCCGCCCAGGGGAGCAGGUGGCCCUGCAGGUCAGCUCCAUGUCCCCGCAGCACCAGGGCCCACAGGCUCCAAGGCCCCAGGGAAGACUCUGGCGGGCCGGGAGCCAACAGGUGCAGCUCCAGCAGCCGGGGCCUGGCUAACACGCAGACCCUUGGGUAAGCGAGAGCAGGGGUGGGGAAGCGUCGGUGGGUGGCUGGAACCGUAGCCGCUCGCAUCCUCUGCAAGCGGGCCAGGGCCUUUGAGCUUGAUCACGCAGGGCUUGGGCCCCCAAGUUGGGGGCAGGGAGACCAUCAGUAUAUGCGUGGAGCCAGCGGGCUGUUGGAGGGGUGGGGCAGGGAGGCAACGGGGCUGAGGUGGAGUGAGGUGGGGGCGUGGCGGGAGCACGCAGGGCAGAGGCAAAGGCCAGCUACUUGGGAGUGAAACGAGGGCUCUCUGCGGAGACUGCUUGUCCCCCAUCUGGCGCUAUUAAUAGUUCUUUGCCUAAUCCGUCAGAUGAAGAACUUACCCAAAUAUCCGCGCCGCUGAAGGUAGCAGGGCAGUAGGAAGGCCACUGCGUCUGGCACGCUGGCCAUCAGGGAUGAGUGGGCCAUAACUCGGGGGCCCGCCUGCAUCACCCACAGGCCCCCCACCCGAGGGCGGCUGUAGCCUCUACGAUCCGUCUCUCCCGGCUGGCGGCCCCGCUCCUGCUCCGAGCGGCUGAGAGGACACGGGCGUUAAAGCGGGAUGCGGGGGCCUGGCUGCCUGCAGCAACUGUCCCUUGUCAGGUGGCAAGACGGGGCAGAAGCCGAAAUCUUUAUGUGUCCUCUGGGUGGGGCUCCAAGGCCACCGGCAACAGCAGGGCCGGAGGGCUGGCCUCGGCUCUGAGCAGCGCGGACUCGGGUCCUCAUGGAAGACGAGCGCCCACCGGCUGCCCGCCGAGCCGAUGAGGGGUGAGCUCAGGGCCACCGUCCCCCACCCGCCCGAGCUGCAGAGGCCAGCCCAGGGCUGGUCUGACGCAGGGACGCAAGGCCUCGAGCCAGAUGCGGCCCUGUCCCGGCGUCCAGACGGAGGGACAGUGCAGUAAGGUGUGGAUCGUGGCGAGGCCUGUGAAGGGACUGCGACGGGGGUGCUGGGGAUGGGACUUAGCACAGACGACAUCUGAGUAGCUAGAAUGACCAGGAGGCCGCAACUGGCCACGAGGUUUGAGGAGGCGCUCCCAGCAGCAGGUGCAACAGCCCUGGGGCAGGAAGGCUCAGGUGCUAGGGGAGAGGGAGGGAGCCCGU